AUGAACAACAUGAUUCAGCACAUGCAGAUCCACAAAUUGCAGAAGUUUCAGUGCAAAUGCAAUCUUAAGUUCGAGUCCCUAGAGGAGAAGCAGAAACAUUACGAAGAGACUCAUAGCGAAUUGUUUCGGAAACAAAAGAAACCCAGGCGACAAACCCAACCCAAGCACAUUUGUGAGAUUUGCGGGAAGGUCAUAUGUUCCAAGCAAUAUCUGAAGCUCCACGUUCUCCGAUCGCAUCAAAAGUACUUUUGCCAACAUUGCGAGAAGUACUUUGAUUCCGCAUUAGUUUUCGAAACCCAUUGGGCGCAAGUUCAUCCGGGGAUGAAGAUGGAAAUGGCCCAAGGUGAGUUCUCAUGCGACCAAUGCCCCAAGCGAUUCCGCCACAAAUUGUAUCUUCAAAGGCAUUGGACCCUCAAUCAUGGCACCGAGGAAGACAAGCCUCACAAAUGCGGACUUUGCACCAAGACAUUCAGCGAGAAACUCAAAUUGAGUCAACACGUGCUGUGCAUUCACAUCAACAACCGACCUUAUGUGUGUCGGAGCUUGAAUUGUACGUCCAGUUUUAACUCCCAAGGUAAUCUCUACGUUCAUGAGAAGAAGCAUCAUGGCAGAGUUAUGGGCAAAGCCACCACCAUCACCACUUUGGUUCCGGAUAGUUUGUUACUGGAGAUGGGCUGUGAGUUGGGCAAGAAUCCUCCGGGCAGGCCGAAACGGCGUGUUCAAUGGUAGCUUGUUUGAAAUACUAUAAACAUCAUAUGCAAUAUCAAUUAUAUAGAUGGUUAAUGAGGAGAUGAGGCAAAUGAACUUCUAUAUCUUUUGAUCUCACUAA